ACACAACUCUAAAGUCAACAAACAUUUUGCCAAGAAAACUUCAUCAUCAUGGAAACUCUAAGAGAGCAAGGUCCUUCAAGCUACUUGAUGAAGCUUGUUGGUUUCUCUGAGGUUAGAUUAAGUAAUCAAGCUUAUGAAUCUGCUGACUUUGACGCUUCUGGACAUAAAUGGAGAUUGGUAUUUUACCCGGCUGGAAAGUUAGAAGACGAUGGAAAAAACCAUGUUUCGGUUUAUGUGAGGAUCGAAAACGUUGCUGCUUCUGAGAUGCUUAUGAAUAAUUGGGAGCUUAAUGUAGAACUCAAAUUCUUCAUAUACAACCACAACAUUAAGAAGUACUCUAUGUUCCAAGAUGGAACUGUUAAGCGUUACACUAAAGAGAAAAAAGAGUGGGGAUUUGCGAAAAUGCUUCCUCUUUCGAAGUUUAACGAUCCCAAAAAUGGGUACACCGAUGGAGAUGCUUGUAUCAUUGGGGUGGAGGUAUUUGUUAUAAAGCCUAUAGAGAAAGUUGAGAGAGUUGUUUUCACACAAAACCCACCAAACAACAAAUUCACUUGGAAAAUCUCUGGUUUCUCGAAAUUAGGAGACAAGAAAUAUCAUUACUCGGAUGAAUUUGUGGUCGGAGAUCGGAAAUGGAGAAUGAAGAUUAGUCCAAAGGGUGAUCACAAAGAUAUAAGAGCACUUUCAGUCUAUGUUCAAGCCAUGGCAUAUCUACCAAACGCGGUAGCUUCUAGCACUUACGCAAAGCUAAAACUCCGGCUACUAAAUCAGAAAAACUCGAACCACAUCGAGAAACGCGUUUUUCAUAUUUAUUCGAGAGAGAUUCAAGACGGAUCAGGGAUAUCUCAGUUAAUAUCUUUGGAGGAUCUAAAUGAUGAAUCAAAAGGGUACCUUGUGGAAGACACCAUCGUUCUUGAAACUUUUCUGGUUUGUAUCACCGAGACUAAGUUUGUAGACUCCAUCUGAAUACACUCUUUGUUUUAAUUUGUAAGAAACUAAAAGUCUACUUUGGUACUUUCUUCUAUGUUUUAUUGUGUUUUUCUUGGUUUACUAUUUUAUUGUUGUUAAUGACGAGUCAAGUUGUGUGUUAUGGUUUUAGUUUAUUUUAAUGUUAAUCAUUUGCUUGAAUGUUCAUGUUUGUAUU